UUCGAUUUUACUUUUUGGGCAAUUUAAAUCAUCAUAAUAGUCAUUUUUAGGCUGUUUCUUAUGUACAUGUGUUUGUUACAAGUCGUGUUUAUAGCUGUAAAAUAGUAAAGGAUGCAUAUGUUCCCUCAUAAUUUGCUCAUGAGUAAAUGUGGUUUUGUGAAUGUCUCUUUGCAUUAUUAGAGGCUCUGAAAGUAAGUGAUGACGCAGUGAUGGUGUUUUAAAGGAAAAUGCUGUGGCUGACAGCUCUGCGCUGGACUUUGCUUUUGUUUUAUGGCUCUGAGCUGCUGAUAUAUGUUGACGCCCAGUGAGCACUUUGUUUGCUCGGGUCUGCUGUUGUGUCAGUCUGUGCGUCUGCCCGGAGAAGGCUCUUGUUCGAGAUGUCUCGGUACCACAAAGCGGCAGUCGAUGGCUACUUGGACCUGCUGAAGGAGGCCACAAGGAGGGACCUGAACAUUGCGGAUGAAGAUGGCAUGACUCCCACUUUACUGGCUGCUUUCCAUGGACAUGUUGAUGCUCUCCAGCUCAUUUGCAGCAGAGGAGGAGACCCCAACAAGAGCGACAUCUGGGGAAACACGCCGUUGCACCAUGCUGCAGCGAACGGCCACAUGCACAUCCUGAGUUUUCUGGUCAACUUUGGUGCCAACGUCUUUGCCCUGGACAAUGAAUUCCACACAGCAAUGGACGUGGCUGCCUCUCGCGACCGCAUGGACUGCGUGCGCUUCUUAGACACUGCCGCGUCACAGCAGACCAACCAGAAUCCCAAGAAGGUCGCCACUCUGAAGAAGGAGGCUGUCAAGGAAGCAGAGAAACAAGUUAAACUCUGUGAGAAGGUGAAGAAGAAACACCAGAGCAAGAUGGAGAAAAUGCACCAUGGAGCAGGCAACACUGGGACUGUGUCAGAGGCCAGCAUGGCGUCAUCCUUCUCAAAUGGUGGUACCAUGUCUGGCAUCAGUGAACAGUUCUCCGAGCUUAAGGUUAAAUCUGGCUCAGUUAAAAGCGGGGUGAUAGGCACUCUCCAAAAGAAGCUUGGAAGGAAAGACAAAGGCACACUGCAGAGACCAGAAGGGAAUGGGAAUGUUAUUUUUCUCAAGCCGGAGAACAGAACAUUGGAGAAGCCAGAGUUUCUGGAUGUCUUCAGUGAGCAUGAUGAAAACAUGUUUGAUGAGGAAGGAAUGGGGGAAUGUGACGAUGGUGAAGAAUCAGGUGAAGUCAAACAGUCUAUCUUCAACCGUCCUGGUCUUGGAGGUCUGAUUUUCAUGAAGAAGAUGGAGUUGGAGUCAGAUGAUGUGCCCAGGGGGAACGAUGAGAACCUUGGCUACCUCGUUCAGAACAUGUUUGAUGCAGAGGAGAUUGCUGAUGGCUACGAGGAGAAUGGGGACACUAAUCUGCCUUGGGAUCAGGAAGAUCUGGGUCUGGAUGAUGAUGAAAACGAUGAAACUUCUCCUCUGGAUGUUUUCCUGUCUGCUGUUUCCUGCCCAGAGUUUGCCCUCGCAUUUCACAGAGAGCACCUGGACCUGGAGGCGCUCAUGCUUUGCUCUGAUGAAGACCUGAAAAGCAUUCGCAUCCAGCUUGGCCCCAGGAAGAAGAUCCUGGAAGCUGCUGCUCGCAGAAAGAACACGCUGGAAGCUCCUGGACUCAUGAAGGACAGCUGCUUGUGAUCCAAAAAAGCAUGAACAGAGAUUUAUAUUCCUACAUUUAACUUAACAUUUUCAUCUGUAUGUUUUGUAAAGAGAGAUUUUUGAUUUCUGUAUAAAAUCAUUCAGCAAAUCAUUGCACCAAAAGCAUAUAAAGUUGUUAAUAGAGGAUUGUGCACUGCUUUGUUUGUAAUGUCCAUGGCCUACGCAACAUGACAGGAGAGUCAGUGAUAGGCCACUGUCUGUAUGCCUGGAUGAAAAAGUAUGGAAUAAAAAGUAUCUAAAAUAAAAGAAUCUUACGUUUG